GCAGCACAGACAUUAGCGCAGUUGCACUGCUCUCACACACUCACCUACCAGCACAGAUCAGUCAGACAGACUUACACACACACAAACCUCACAUUCUAACUCAAUUUAAUGCUGGCAUCAUUCUGACAAUUCACAUGUUAGCUGGUUCAUCUGAGCCCAGACAUCCAGCAGGACCUCCUCUGGUGUCUCUCCUGUGUCCUCUCUGGGGUUCAGACUGUGCCUCUGCUGGAGCUGAACCAAACCGCACAUCUCAAAUACUCAUCGUAUGGACAAAGGUUUGAGUGAUGAGAGUUAGGUGGAGAUAGAUAAAGGCAGACAGAAGGAUAGUCAGACAGCGGGUUGGGGGGUUGAAAAGACUGCGCUGGCUGCUGAAGCGAGGCAAGGAACCGUUGUCAACGGCGACGCAAGAGCAGCAUGUCUCAGAUGAAAAGAUACACUUACAGCAGGACCACCAGUAGUGGCAGCAGCAGAAUGAGUUCAGAUGGAGGUGGGCGGCCUGUUAAGGUGGGUUCUCUGGUUGAGGUCAUCGGUAAAGGCCAUCGAGGUACGGUGGCAUAUAUUGGAAACACCCUCUUUGCCUCUGGAAAAUGGGUGGGAGUCAUUCUAGAGGAAGCGAAAGGAAAGAAUGAUGGGACUGUGCAAGGCAAACGAUAUUUCACCUGUCAGGAGAACCAUGGGAUAUUUGUACGCCAAUCACAGAUUCAGUUAGUUGAAGAUUUGGCUGACACAACAUCUCCUGACACACCUGAAGCUGCCACCUCCAAAGUGCUGAAACGAGAGAUGAUCGAAGGUCCAAAGGCAAACAAAUUGCGAGGAACCAAACCAAAAAAGGCACCUACGACUCGUAAGACCACGGCCAGAAGGCCCAAGCAAACACGGGCUGGAGUGGGUGUGAAGGUGGGCUCUGGAUCAGCGUCUGCUGGAGAGAUGAGCAGCAGUGAACCCAGCACACCUGCCCAAACGCCACUGGCUGCUCCAGUUAUACCAUCACCUUUGGGGAAGCUGCCCUCUCCUGGGGCUCCUCCCAUCCCAGGCCCCAGCAAGGAAGAGGAGUCACUGCGUGCCCAGGUGAAGGAUCUGGAGGAGAAGUUGGAGACGCUGAAGAUGAAGAGGACAGAGGACAAGGCGAAGCUGAAGGAGCUCGAGAAGCACAAAAUUCAGCUGGAGCAGCUGCAGGAGUGGAAGAGUAAGAUGCAGGAACAACAAAAUGAACUGCAGAAACAACUCAAAGAGGCCAAGAGGGAAGCUAAGGAAGCUCUUGAAGCUAAAGAGCACUACAUGGAAGAGAUGUCAGAUACAGCAGAUGCCAUUGAGAUGGCCACACUGGAUAAGGAAAUGGCUGAAGAACGGGCCGAAUCACUGCAACUAGAGGCUGAUGCUCUAAAAGAGAGAGUGGAUGAGCUGACCAUGGACUUGGAGAUACUCAAACAUGAGAUUGAGGAAAAAGGUUCGGAUGGAGCAGCAUCUAGUUACCAUAUAAAGCAGUUAGAGGAGCAGAAUGCUCGACUGAAAGAGGCUUUGGUGAGGAUGCGUGACUUGUCAGCAUCAGAGAAACAAGAGUAUGCAAAGCAACAGAAACAAAUGGAGAAGAAAAAUUUUGAGCUGGAUACUCUAAGAUGCCAGAAAGAGAAACUACAGGAGGAAAUGAAGAUGGCUGAGAAAACUAUCGAUGAGCUCAAAGAGCAAGUGGAUGCUGCUCUCGGGGCAGAAGAGAUGGUGGAGAUGUUGACGGAGCGUAAUCUGGACCUGGAGGAGAAAGUACGGGAGCUCAAAGAAACUGUCACAGAUCUGGAAGCCAUCAAUGAGAUGAAUGAUGAGCUUCAGGAGAACGCCAGAGAGACGGAGCUGGAGUUGAGAGAGCAGUUGGAUCUGGGUGCUGCCGGCGUCAGGGAGGCGGAGAAGCGGGUGGAAGCGGCACAAGAAACAGUGGCAGACUACCAGCAGACCAUCCAGAAAUACAGAGAGCUCACUGCACACCUGCAGGAGGUGAACAGGGAGCUGAUGAGCCAACAGGAAGCCAACGCUGAGCUGCAGCAGCAGCCUGCGGAGAUCUUUGAUUUUAAGAUUAAAUUCGCUGAAACCAAAGCCUAUGCCAAGGCCAUAGAAAUGGAUCUGCGUAAAAUGGAGGUGGCUCAGGCUAACAGACAGGUGUCACUGUUGAUUUCCUUCAUGCCUGACUCCUUCCUGAAACACGGAGGAGACCAUGACUGCAUCCUGGCUCUACUGCUCAUCCCACGACUCAUCUGCAAGGCAGAGCUGAUCAGUAAGCAGGCCCAGGAGAAGUUUGAGUUGACUGAGACGUGCUCUCAGAGGGCCGGGAUGAGAGGAGCCGCCGGCGAACGGCUGAGCUUUGCUGCUGGACUCAUCUAUUCUCUCACACUGCUACAGGCUGCACUGCACAAAUAUGAACAUGCUCUGAGUCAGUGCAGUGUGGACGUGUACAAGCGUGUGGGUUCUCUGUACUCUGAAAUGAGCGUCCAUGAGCGUUCCCUGGAUUUCCUCAUAGACCUCUUGUACAAAGACCUGCUGGAUGAAACUGUCAAUGUGGAACCUCUAACCAAAGCUAUUAAAUACUAUCAGCAUCUUUACAGUAUCCAUCUUGCCGAACAGCCUGAGGACUGUACCAUGCAGUUAGCGGACCACAUCAAAUUUACCCAGAGUGCUCUGGACUGUAUGGCAGUAGAAGUGGGGCGUCUAAGGGCCUUCAUACAAACAGGACAGGACGAGGAAGGGUUUUGUGUGCUGCUGAAGGAUCUGGACACUUCCUGUAGUGACAUACGACAGUUCUGCAAGAAGAUCCGCCGUCGUAUGCCAGGCACAGAUGCACCAGGCAUUCCAGCUGCCCUCAGCUUCGGACCACAGGUGUGUGAGACCCUGGCAGAGAGCAGAAGGCAGCUGGCCUGGGUGAAUGCUGUGCUCCAGGAAGUGGCAGCAGCAGCCGCUCAGCUCAUCGCCCCUCUCAGCGAACAUGAGGGACUUCCAGCCGUCAAACUGGAAGACAUGGCCUUUAAAGCAGCUGAACAGAUCUAUGGGUCACAGGGCAUAAACCCCCAAGAGUGUCUGCGGCAGUCAUGCAGUGUUGUCAUAGCAACCAUGAACAAGAUGGCUACCGCUAUGCAGGAGGGAGAAUAUGACUCUGACAGACCACAGAAUGGGAUAUCUCCUGUUGAAGUCCGAGCAGCGGCACUAAGGGCAGAAAUCACUGAUGCUGAAGGACUUGGUCUCAAACUUGAGGACAGAGAAACUGUAAUCAAAGAGCUGAAGAAAUCCCUUAAAAUAAAGGGAGAGGAACUGAGUGAGGCCAAUGUGCGUCUCAGUUUGCUGGAGAAAAAGCUGGACAGUGCGUCUAAAGAUGCAGAUGAGCGAGUGGAGAAGAUUCAGACGAUCCUAGAUGAGACGCAUUCAAUCCUGAAAAAGAAAGAGAAGGAGUUUGAGGAGACCAUGGAUGCUCUCCAGGCUGACAUAGACCAACUAGAGGCAGAGAAAGCAGAGCUUAAGCAGAGAAUCAACAGCCAAUCAAAAAUGACCAUUGAGGGAUUGAGAGGAAGUCAAGCCUCUGGCAUCGCCUCCAUUGUGACUUGUGGCAUCACUGCUGAAGAACAAAAAGGAGUGUGUGCAGCUGCUGGAGUGCAAGUGAUAGAUUCCCCACUGCUGACUCAGCAGAUUGAAGCUCAGCGACUCAGCAUAAAGCACUUGAAGAACGAGAACAACAGACUGAAGGCAGAAAAGAUGCGUGUUCAGCUGGCGUCUCUCCCUCCUCUGAAUGUGACAAAGCUGGGCUGGCGAGAGGGCUGCAGGCCGGAGGUGUUGUCUAGCGCCCUCUACCGCAAAACAGACCAACUACUGGACACUCUGCUCCAGAUGAGUGCCAAUGUGAAAGUGGUGGACAUCACAGGGAAAUCUCCAGUGAGCCCCAGUGCGCAGCUCCUAGAGCAAACUGCAAGACUGCAGUCGCUCAGCGACACCCUCGAUAGGCUUAAGGAUGAGGUUGCUGAACAUGUAGUGACUCAUAGGCCUGGAGCUCAAGUCUCAUCUGAUUUUGCCACUUUUCCCUGCACUUCCUUUGUGAAGGCAAAGGAGGAGAAGAAAGGAGAUGCUGUGUUAGUCGGCCGUGUGAUGAUGCCUUGCGCUCGAGGGCAGGAACAGGUGCAUCGUCUGGUGCUUUCACAGACAGAGUUACAGAGAGUUCAUCGCCUUCUCCAGACUUAAAAUGACCCGUCGCCUCUUUCCACAAAACGAAACUUACUCAAAGUCAAUCUCCAAAACCCAAGAAUUGAAACAACAGACAUCCCAGCUAACAGGAAACAUUCUCAGAACUUUGGUUAAUGUUUUUUCUGAAACGUUUUAGUCAGAUGUUUGUCUAACGUUCUGACAAAGUUCUUCCAGUAACCUUAAUAGAAUGUUCUUUCAAAGUUACCUGGUCUUUAAUAAUGUUGUCAAAAUGUUAGCACAAAAUGUUAGCGCAUUAUGUUUGCAAAAAUAUAAAGUGGAAUGUUUCCUUAACGUUCAGGACAUUUUGAACAUUCAGGGAACGAUCAGAAAUAACGUUUUCAUAACUUAAUGGGAACGUUAGCAAAAUGUUCUUAGAAUAUAUAUUUUUGUUAGCUGGGAUUAUGGAGAAUGUAUUGUGUAAACAACUAUUAUCAAUAUUUAUGUUCACAAACCAGUGCUUCAUUAGGUCAGGUUCACUUUCAGUGUGAUAAUAUCUACCACACCAAAAUUUGUAAAAAUGAUACAAAAAGGUUACAGAUUUGAAACACGAGACAUGCUGAGGAUAUUUUAUUAUCAAGGCAUGAAAUGGAUGAUUCAGCAUGAUCCCUGCUGCUUUGUACUGUACCUGCAUCUAAUCCCUUUCUUUCUCUUCCCGAUUUGGAUGGCCAUUGAUUCACGUUUACAAGUAUUUAGCUAAUAGGAUUUCAAUUUAAACCAUCUAUGUGUUUAAUUAGUGGUGCUUUUUAAGUGAUUAGACUUAUGAUUUUCAACUGACGGAUGACAAAACAGGAAAACAAUUCCAAUGAAAUAGGAGGAGAGACCCAAGCCAUGUGAUUCGACCAGUAAAAAACCACCAAACACCCUAGCAAUUGCAUCGCAACAUACUAAAAACCAAUGAAAACAAUUGAAAACUUAAUAGCAAUGCUCUGGCAACUACCUGAAGCUUACAUUAUCUUCAGAAAAUAUUAAAAGUUGGAUAAAAAUCUAGUUGACCAAUUAAUGGUCUGGUCACGUUUACUUUUGUUUGGCAAAUUUUAAUGGGUGAAAUCCAGUCAUUUCAAUUGGAAAUACUCAUGAAAAUUUUGCAACAGAUCCAAGUUGGUCACACGGAUUCUCCGCGUUGAUCAUCAGAAAACUGCUUGGUUUGAAAGUGAUUCUGAGCUGUGCUUCAUACAUGGCUUUUGACAAUAGACAAUGGAACUUUUUGCUCAUGAAAUUUCACUAAUGUGACCUCACCUUAAUAAUCAAGUGUUUCAGAUAUAAAGGUAAGUAUCAAACCUUUGAUUUUAGUCAUUUCAUACAUGAAGUCUAUCCAGAACAUUCUGGAUCGGGAGGCCAAAGAUUGACAAAUACACAAUUUUGGGGCUCUAUUUAUUCUGCAUAACUGUGAUUGAGUGCAUGUUCAAUAAUUCAACUUAGGACUGGUCAUUAGCACAUCAAAUGCUGUGAUUGCCUGGCUCUGCCCUCUUCUAUACUCAAAACAGUUAUCCAAGUGUCGGAAAGAACGAAAAGAGAGUAUGCUUUUCACAUAAACAAUAAGUCAAAGAUUUAACAACUCUGUGUGCUUAACUGUGAUGCCUGAAUGUGCCACGCCAAUGUGCUUUUGUAAAGAAAAUACAAUUGUCCUUUUGAGUGAAUGAUCAGAUUUAGUGCCAAGCAAGGGCGAGAUAAAAACAUAAGGCAAAUGCAACUGUUGGCUCAAAUAAAAAGAGGACGUUAGAUAACAAUAUUUAUUAACUGUUGUAUAUUUGCUCCAAGAGCUUGUCAGUAUUCAAGUGGUCUUAAGUUAGCAGUGGUUUGCUUUGUUACUAUUAAGUUAUUAACCUAUUAACUGUACAAAAUGCAUACUGUUACAGUAUUGUUGAAUGUGUUGGCAUCUUUAUAUAUAAUGUGAGUGAAUUAAUUUAAAUAAAUUAUUAAGCUAUUA